UCGUGUAGCUUUGUCUGCAGAUGUAGGAUCUAAUUACUGUACCUUCAUGAAUAAUACGAGAUAUCGCAGGACAGAACAAAAGUCUGGAGGCUUUUUUGGCACCUAGUCAGCAGCCAUAUGUUCUGCUUCCUGACGAACGAAGAUAUAUCGCUGGAAUGUGGGACAACUGCACAACUCUAGAGCAAGUGUGCCUUGAUUUUAGGAUCGCACCGUUUCGUUCGUAUUCUCGGACAUAAGAUAUUGUCCGUACGCUUCCAUUCACGUUCUGAUUUUUCUUUGACUUCAGCGUGAACUUGAGAUCCUUGUCUGGGUGCUCCUAUUCACGUCAUGUUUAUUCCUUGGGCGUGAACAUGAGAACCUGCUCUGGCCAUGAGUAGAUGUCGCUGCCUCUCACCGGAAGAAUAUUGAAGUGGUCGCCGUUGGGCUAACACUGCAAGAAUCAACAGUAUCUUGUGAGCUGUGAGUGCCAUGCACGCAGUUUCAGAGUUUGACUCGAAAAGAGAUCAUACAGCUGCAGUUGUCUGUUCCUCCGGACAGUUUGUCGCGUAAUUGUGUGCGUCACUUUACCCUAAGCCUUAAAUCGCCGUCUGCCCGAAACGGAGUAAUGCCACCCGAAUGACUCCUUGGGAUGAAUGCCGUCUAAUGUGCGCGAAGCAAGUGUGAUUCAUGAAGAGUGGACGGCAACCGCAACUCGAUGAGGCGUUUGAGCUCUGCAGCGAAGUCGACACGGAAAUGAAUAGCGAUGGUGGAAAAGCAGGACAAUAAGAUUACCGCAUGGACCACCACCAAACUAUAGAAUGCUUUUAACGUCGAGUUGUAGAAGUAAAUGGGACCACUCAACUGUGUCAAUCACAGCUCUGCCUCCUUCACUUUUGGAGAAGAUUGGCUUAUCGACGCAAAGUCUAAUGGCCACGGCUUGGGGAAGCCAAAGAGAUACCCUAAGACCAAGAGGGAUUAUGAGAAACCCUGCUCGUGAUUCUGGAAAUUUAGGGGUUAAAACGGUAGCGAGGAGGGGUUGCCUGCCUUCUUCAAGAAUUUCGACUUGGCCCUUUGUCUUGGGUGUCGCGAAAUUUUUGAACUGGAUUCUUGGCUAGGGUGGACUGUACAGAUAUUUUGAUUCGUUUGGUGGAGAGCUCCAAAGAGUAAGACACCAGUUCCCUGAUUUCAGCAUCAGCAAUAGCAGAGACCAACCAGUCAACUUUCUCUGUCAACUUCAUUGAGCGAAAUUCAUUUUGGCAACUGUAUUUGACCAGACCCGUCUCCAGAGCCUGAAGGAGAUUCUUUUUGUCAAGCAUGUCACGUUCAAGGACGGACGUACGUCUCAUCAAAGACUCUACAUUUGCUUCUUGGUCUUCAACCCUCCGGUUCAUCAAUUCGUCCUUGAUCCUCGACACCAUAGACUCUUUAAUGGCCAGUUCCUCUUUACACCUCGCUAGUUAUCUCCUGCUCGGAAUAUGAUUGUUUCAAGGAUUCGCAUUGUGCAACAGCGACUCAUUGAAACAAUCAUAUUCCGAGCAAGAGGAGGACGUUGUGCAACAGCCUUGACUUUUUUCACAUCAAGACUCAGCUUCUCCCUGGCAUUGGCUGUUCUUUGCUCAGCAAGUACAAGCUCGUCCUUCAAAGCAUCUCUUUCCGCGUUUGCUUUCGCAAGCUCCCCUCUCAGCUUGUUUACCAGCUGCAUUAAACCUUGAACAACGUCUUCUUGCUAAGCCAUAUGUGAAGCAGCCUCAUCCAUUCUCUUACUCAAUUCGCUCAACUCUAAAUCUUUCGACUUGAGCAUUUGUUGCAUUUGAGACAGAGAUUCCUGUUCUGAGAAUGUUUUGGAUUCCACUUCUUGAACGAAUGCCUUGUACUUUGCUUUUAGCAGGUUGCUCAUUUCCUCAAGAAGACUGGUUGCUUCGGAACUAGCAGAGUUGCUUUCAAAUAGGCUAUCAGUCUUAUCACCCCAUCCCUCCUGCCUAACCUCGAUGCAAGCCACAACUGCGUCGGAAUCAGCCUCCAACUUUUGCCUGGCAGCUGCUUUUAUUUCCAUGUUGAGCUCAAGUUCAGCAAUGUGCUUGUGUAGAGAAUUGAUCUCAUCUUGCAAUUUAGUUGCCUCUGUGGCAUCCUUCAGUUGCAUCUCAGCAAGUACUCUCUCCAUUUCACUCACUUCUCCACAAAAGAUGGCCUUUUUUUCACUGAGACGGAGGUCUUCAAUACGGCAAGCUGUUUCUCCAAGUUGUCUACUUGCUCCAUGGCGGCGGCUAGUUUCUGGCUCGUCUCAUGCAACACUGCAUCCUUGAAUCUCAACUCCUUUUGAUGGGAGAUCAUCGCUGAUGCAGUCAUCUCUGCCAGAGCUUGCUUCAA